AUAAACUUAAUAAACUUAUUAUAAAAAAAUCUGCAAAACACCAUUAUAAAUUACAUAAAAAAACAUACACAUGUUAAAAUUUUAUGAUAUAUUGUAAGUAAUAAUAUGAUUUAACAAAAAUAACUUUAUAAGACAAUUAUUUUGUGAGUCCAAUUAACCACUCACUCCCAUGGUGAUAUUUCCAAGAACUUCCGAGUCAGACUUGGACUCCAAGUACUUUUAAUUAUUAGCAUUAGAUUGGAAUCUUCAAGGACUUCGACUCCAAGUAAUAUUAUCUUUUAGGCCGCAAACUCGGCCACUCAUUCUGAAAUAGAGUUUACUUCGGAAAGGUCCCCACGAUUCUGUCAUUUCAACCCAAAAUGGACAAAAUAUGGUUACGUGUUCUCUUACAUCAGCAGCCAACUAUCAUAUUCUAAAAAUUAGCCCCAAACUUUGCUUAUAUAACACAUUUUGGCACUCUUCUAUUGUCAGAUCACGUCCACGGUUCCUUUAAUGGCUCAAGGUCACUUUGUCUUGAUCCCUUUCAUGGCUCAAGGACACUUGAUCCCCAUGGUAGAUAUUGGUCGACUGUUAGCGCAGCGUGGCGUGACUGUUACUAUAGUUACAACACCUUACAAUGCAGGCAGAGUCCAAAAAUCAGUGGCCCGGGCCAUUGAAUCAGGGCUCCCCAUACGUUUACUGCAACUCCAGUUUCCUGGCAAAGAAGUAGGACUGCCAGACGGGGUUGAGAAUAUAGACAUGUUGCAUUCAAUGGAGGACUUGAUCAAAUUCGUCAGUGCCGCAAACAAGAUGGAAGAAGCAAUGCUGAAAUUAUUUGAGAAGCUAACACCACGCCCCAAUUGUAUUAUUUCAGACAUAAACCUGUUUUACACCCGCAAAAUCGCUACCAAGUUCCAAGUUCCAAGGAUAUCCUUCCAUGGAUUUUGUUGCUUCUGUCUUCUUUGUUUGCGGAAUAUACAGUCCUCAAAGAUAAAUGAGACUGUAACCUCUGAUUCUGAAUACUUCACGGUGCCUGGUUUGACCGACAAGGUGGAAUUUACUAGAGUCCAGUUGCCUCUUGACAAUGAUGGAUCCUGGAAGGAAAUUUUUGAACCGAUGUGGGAAGCUGACCGAGCAUCAUAUGGAGUUGUCAUAAAUACCUUCGAAGAGCUGGAAUCAGCUUAUGUCAAAGAGUACAGGAAGGAAAAGAAAGCUUGGUGUAUUGGUCCAGUGUCUCUCAGCCACAAAGAUGAGUUGGAUAUGGCUGAAAGAGGUAACAAAACUUCAAUCGAUGGGCAGAAGUGUUUGAAGUGGCUUGAUUCUCAACAACCCGGCUCUGUAAUCUAUGCUUGCCUUGGGAGCAUAGGCACUAUAAAGUGUCCAGAACUGAUAGAGUUAGGAUUGGGGUUAGAGGCAUCGAACAAGCCAUUCAUUUGGGUCCUAAGAGGAAAUAAUCCAACGGCAAGCGAAGUAUACAAGUGGAUUAAAAGGAAUGAAUUCGAAGAAAGAACAAAAGGAAGAGGGCUUGUGGUUGUGGGAUGGGCUCCCCAAGUACUCAUUUUGUCACACCCAGCAAUAGGAGGCUUCCUAACUCAUUGUGGAUGGAAUUCAAUAAUCGAAGGCAUUUCUGCUGGUGUCCCUUUGAUAACAUUUCCAUUCAUGGGAGACCAGUUCUGCAACGAGAAACUUGCAGUACAAAUACUGAAAAUUGGAGUCAACCUUGGGGCUAACAAGCCUACGAUGCUGGGAGAUGAGAAAUCUGGGUUCAUUUUAAACACGGAACAUGUUAAAAAUGCAAUAGACAAACUGAUGGAGCAAGGAAAUGAAGGAAAAGAGAUGAGAAAACGAGCCAAAGAAUUAGGUGAUGAGGCGAAUAAAGCAGUUGAAGUGGGGGGGUCUUCUUACAUGAAUAUUACACUGUUAAUACAAGAUAUCCUCCAACAAUCUCAGGAAAUGCGUUAGGAUUUGGUUCAAACCUGAUCGGAUGGCCACAACUGGGUAUUUAUUUCCCUUUUGAUGUAAAACUGUAAAAACUAGAAUAAUGCAUCAAAACAUCAAAUUAAAGCAAACUACGAAAUUUUUUAAAAA